AGAAAUUGUCAAAAGUUGCCAAAACUGCCAAUUUCGUAGUGGCGGUGGUUGCUAGUGCGGUCAGUGAUAAAAUAAGAUUACUUGUGGCGGUGAAAUAAAACGGCAUAAUUUUAAAUCAACCCAUGUGGCGCUCGUUUAAAUAAGUGCUGAGUUUUAGUUAUUUAUUUGAUUUCAUAUACAGAAGUCCGGCAACCAUGGCUCACUGUAUGAGAGUUUUGCAUGGCCAGGGUAGCAGGACAAGGGUCGUACUCUUGGAAAUUCAGCAGCGAUGCUUCAGCGUGUCCCCCCUCACCGCCGCGGCGGCGCAGGUUGCGAUGUCGAAGUUCGACAAGGCGCCACUGCCGUACGAGAAACUGACGAAGAACCUGGAGGUGGUCAAAAAGAGGCUCGGUCGUGACAUGACAUUAUCUGAGAAAGUGCUCUACUCGCACUUGGAUGACCCGAAAGGACAGGAAAUCGAGCGCGGCACCAGCUACCUCCGCCUGCGUCCCGACAGGGUUGCCAUGCAGGACGCCACCGCCCAGAUGGCCAUGCUGCAGUUCAUCUCGUCAGGGCUGCCGCGCGUCGCCGUGCCCUCCACCAUCCAUUGUGACCACUUGAUCGAGGCGCAAGUCGGCGGGGACAAGGACUUGGCUAGAGCCAAGGAUAUCAAUAAAGAAGUAUACAAGUUCCUGGAGACCGCCGGGGCUAAAUACGGCGUCGGUUUCUGGAAGCCCGGCUCCGGCAUCAUCCAUCAGAUCAUCUUGGAGAACUACGCGUUCCCCGGCCUGCUCAUGAUCGGUACCGACUCGCACACGCCCAACGGAGGCGGUCUUGGCGGUCUUUGCAUUGGUGUCGGCGGUGCUGACGCCGUCGACGUGAUGGCGGACAUCCCGUGGGAGCUGAAAUGCCCCAAAGUCAUCGGAGUUAAGCUCACUGGUCAACUGAAAGGCUGGACGAGUCCCAAGGACGUAAUCUUGAAGGUGGCCGGCAUCUUGACGGUGAAGGGAGGUACAGGCGCCAUCGUGGAGUACCACGGCCCCGGCGUCGACUCGAUCUCCUGCACAGGAAUGGCCACCAUCUGCAACAUGGGUGCUGAGAUCGGUGCUACUACCAGUGUGUUCCCUUACAACUCUCGUAUGGAGGCGUACCUCAAGUCCACCGGCCGUCACGAUAUCGCCAAAACCGCAAACAGCUACAAGAACUUGCUCACGCCAGACUCUAAGGCACCUUACGACCAGCUGAUUGAGAUCGACCUAUCAACCCUGGAGCCUCAUGUCAACGGUCCCUUCACCCCUGACCUGGCCAACCCUAUCUCGAAGCUGGGCCAGGAAGCCAAGAAGAACGGCUGGCCGAUGGACAUCCGCGUGGGUCUCAUCGGCUCCUGCACCAACUCUUCGUACGAAGACAUGGGCCGCUGCGCCAGCAUUGUCAAGGAGGCACUCGGUCACGGUCUGAAGUCCAAGAUCCCGUUCAACGUGACCCCCGGGUCGGAGCAGGUGCGCGCCACCAUCGAGAGGGACGGCAUCGCCAAGACUCUCAGAGACUUCGGAGGCACUGUACUUGCUAACGCAUGGCCCUGCAUCGGCCAGUGGGACCGUAAGGACGUGAAGAAGGGCGAGAAGAACACCAUCGUGACAUCAUACAACAGGAACUUCACCGGCCGUAACGACGCCAACCCGGCCACCCAUUGCUUCGUCACUAGCCCGGAGCUCGUCACCGCGCUGUCCAUCGCUGGUCGUCUGGACUUCAACCCAGUGACUGACGAGCUUACCGGCUCUGACGGCAAGAAGUUCCGCCUGUCCGACCCGUUCGCGGACGAGCUGCCCGCCAAGGGCUUCGACCCUGGCCAGGACACGUACGAGCACCCGCCUGCUGACGGCAGCAGUCAGGUGAAAGUGGACGUGUCCCCUACCUCGGACCGUCUGCAGCUCCUGGAGCCGUUCGACAAGUGGGACAGCAAGAACCUCAACGAGAUGACCAUCCUCAUCAAGGUCAAGGGCAAGUGCACCACCGACCACAUCUCCGCGGCCGGUCCGUGGCUCAAGUACAGAGGACAUCUCGACAACAUCUCCAAUAACAUGUUUAUCACCGCAACGAACGCGGAGAACGGCGAACUGAACAAGGUGCGCAACCAGGUGACGGGCGAGUUCGGUCCGGUGCCCGGCACGGCGCGCGCGUACAAGGCGGCCGGCGUGCGCUGGUGCGUCAUCGGCGACGAGAACUACGGCGAGGGAUCCUCCCGCGAGCACGCUGCCUUGGAGCCGAGGCAUCUCGGCGGACGGGCCAUCAUCGUCAAGUCGUUCGCUAGGAUUCACGAGACCAACUUGAAGAAGCAGGGUCUGUUGCCCCUGACCUUCGCCAACGCCGCCGACUACGACAAGAUCCAGCCCACUGACAAAAUCUCGCUCCUUGGACUGAAAGACCUCGCACCUGGCAAGCAAGUAGACUGCGAGAUCAAGCACAAAGACGGCAGCACGGAACGCAUCAAGCUGAACCACUCUAUGAACGAGCAGCAGAUCAGCUGGUUCAAGGCUGGUUCGGCCCUUAACAGGAUGAAGGAGAUCGCCAGCGGAAAGUGAACACGCCAUUUUAGUCUUAGUUCCACUUGCACUGGACCUGUACGCUAACAUGUGGUAAUAGUUAUUACGUUGGCAACACUAGAUAAAAUUGCGUACGCAGUGCGCUCGUAAUGUGGAUGCCUUCCUAAAUGUUGCCAUCGUAUUUUUAAGUGCCGGUAGGUUUAGUUUAUUUUAGCAGCUAAAUGUUAUUAGCGCAAAUUAUGCUAAAAUUUGAAGUUCUGCAAGCCCGGUGCAAGCAAUUUGUUACCACGUAGAUAAAUCAUAUUUUUAGCGCAUUUUCUCAUUCAGACAAUACCUAGUUCGACAGUGAAUCUUAUUAAAAUUAGAGUAGUACAAAUAGAUGAACUUAGCAUGUAAGUUUCAGUUUUUUUUGCCCACAAUGAAAUUAUUUUCAAUCAAUAAUUAUACACCUUUUUUUUAAUUAUUUAUGUAAAUAUUUAACGAACUGCGAAAUAAAAAAUAUACUACGUUAUUGGCGUGUUUAAUUUAGGUUUGACCUUCACUACAAGAAAAGUUGACCACCAAUAGUCAAUUAUUGAACUAAAAUUGUAAGAAGAAAAACAGCACAAUAAAGAAAUGUUGAAUAA